AUGGUCGCCUUCACCAAGUUCCAGCUCGACAUUUCGACGUUUGGGCUUCGGGCUCGACCAUCCUCAGUGCUCCAACCAGCGGCAAGCUGUCCCAUGCUGCGCAGAUCAAACGGCAGAGCAGGGCAGCAACGUAGGACGGCAAUGCGGGACAGCGCCUGCGAGCCGCUGCCGAGCGGAAUGCGACACCCCCCCGAGGCCGAGGACGUGUGGAUAUAUCGUAGGUGA